UUCUUGUGCGUAUAGGACAACACUGCCGCUGACGUGUCUGUAAAAAAUAUCGAAGCUGAAACAGGCGGUGCAGGCUAUUUACGCAUUUUUUAUUUAUUAUCCUAUAGCAUAUAAGCUGCGUUUAACAGCGCCACACAAUAUAGGACAAUGUUGAAAUUAGGCUUCAUGAUCCUAUGCGUACUAUGCGCUGCAGCAACGACUUGGAGUACGCGCACAGUCGAUAGUCAUCUGGGGCCAAAGGAUCUCACCCGCCUGCAAAAAGUCUUCGUCGAUGGGCUCAGUUCUAACGAUUUGCAAGCGAUUUUCUUCGCCAGCUUAAACAUUGAAACAACUGAUGCUGCGACAAAGGAAGCGCUAUGCCAGAAGAUUGUGACGCUGCAUGCGGAAUCCAAACUAAAUAACUUCGAAAAAGACUACUACCUAAUUGGCGCCCACAGGAACCUGCGUUGCACAGCAAAACUCGCUGAAUCUUUGCUGUCCAAGGUGUACAGCUCACUGGAAUUGGAGCUGGCCACCACUCAGGAGAUUUACUAUCGCGUAGUGGCUCAUAAAGCACUCGGCGUUCAGGUUAGCGAAGCAACUCAGUCGAAAAUUGUGAAACGUCUGCAGGAACUGCUGAAACGAGAUGACACGCUGAGCGGUCUCGGUUAUGCAUUCAAUGUGGCUAUCCAACUGGGCCCUAGCGCCAGUUUCAUUGCCAAUCGCAUCGAGGAUGCUGUUGUGCAGGCUGACGAGGUCGAUGGCAAACUGUUGCAAUUCGAGGGCGGGCUAAGCAUUACGGCUUUGAUACUCAACGGCGUUUUUGGCGUUUCGAAGGCUUUCAACAAGCCAGCACCUGUUACGCCCGAACAGGCCGUUAAAUUUGCCAACUAUUUGCUGAGUCGCCGCUCUGUGCAAUCCGCUAAAGGAGCCCAUGUGCUCAUCGAGGCGUUGAAAACCAUCAGCAGCACGGAAAAGGUAUCGCCCAUCUGCAUACAGCUAAUUGGAAAUGGACAACUUGAGUCGCAGUCACCCACAUUGAACGUAGCCAUUGUCGAUUUGCUCGGCAAACCUCUGUCACCAGCCGUGCAGAGCCUCAGUGCCAAAAUUAGUGUCAAGAAGGAUAACUCAGUGUUGGCGGAAAAGGUUCAAUUAGUUUCCAAGUCUUCAGACAAAACCACUUACGUUGCCGAUUUGAGCAGCCUGAAGCCAGCACGUGGCAUCUACCAGGCGGACUUGAAUGCCGAUGGCGUUUAUAAGCAGAAACUGCAAUUCAAAGUGCUUGGACGUGUUAAGGUACAAACCCUGGAGUUGGGUAUCGCCGAAUCAGAUGCGAGUGCAGCUACACGCAAGCAGAGCGUCAGCUUUCCCAACAAGCUGAAGGACACACUCUCGGCUGACAGCACACAAAAGCUGCUGCUUAAAGCCCUGUUGGUCGAUGAGAGCAACAACAAACCCAUCUCCGUGCAUCAGGCUUUUGUGCGUUUGUAUAACCAGGAAACGGACAAGGAAAUCAUAUUCGUUGCGGAGCAGGACAGCAGCAAGGCCUACAAAUUUGAUAUGGAUGUGGGCAAUCAGGGCAAGAAUUUCAACUAUCAAAACGGCUUGUACAACAUUUAUCUAACUAUCGGCGAUGCCUCGCUGUCCAACUCCUUCGAGUGGCUGCUGGCUGAUGUUCAGCUGAAAUUCAACCAGCCAGACAGAGAUAUCAAGCCCAGCCAUGUGAGGGGACCUCUGCCAGAGAUUGUGCAUCAAUUCCGCGUGCCCGAUAAGCGCCCGCCCCGCAUUGUAUCUGAUAUAUUCACCGGCCUGUGCAUAACUCCGCUAGUGCUGCUCUUUGUGUUUUGGGCCAAAUUGGGCAUUAAUGUGUCCAACUUUACAUUGGCACCCAGCACCAUCGGUUUCCAUUUGGGCUUUGGUGGCAUUUUGGCACUCUUCUUCGUUUUCUGGCUGCAACUCAACAUGUUCCAAACACUGCGCCUGCUCAUACCAAUCGCAGUAUUCACAUUCCUUUGCGGCAAUCGCCUGUUGCGACGUCUCUAUGCACAACGCAACGCCAAGAAUCCAGCUGGUGCUUCAUAAGCGAUACAACCGAAGGCUUUAUGGCUGUGCUCUGUUCAGCAUUCGAUUGGCCGCCAUCGACAGCUGCUAGUUAAAACAAAAA